AAGUCAAAUGGGGUUACAAGCUUCAUUUAUAUCUCGCCAUUUCAUCAUCAAUCUUCUCUCCUCCCUCUCGCUGGCCUCUGCUUUGUAAUAUUCUAGAAAAUAGAGAUGGCUUCUGUUAAUGUCAUCGCCCUUCUUUCAGUCCUUCUUGUUGCUCUGCAACCUAUGGCUACUACAAGCGGUUUCUUGCCUCCUAUUCUCGCGCCUGCCUUCAAUGGUGUGUGCCAAGAAGUGGAAUGUGGACGGGGAGAGUGCCAACCUUCUAUGAAUAGCACUUUCUUUUAUGAAUGUGUUUGUGAUCCUGGGUGGAUGCAGACCACUUCGGAUGACAAUAAUCAGUACAAGUUUCUUCCUUGCGUAAUUCCUAACUGUACAAUGAAUUACAGUUGCAUGGCGGCACCUUCUCCUGUUCAACAGAAAUCAACCACUAACCUGUCAAUUUUUGACAUCUGCAAGUGGACUAAUUGUGGAGGUGGCUUAUGCAAUACUACAUCAAUGUUCACAUACACUUGUGAAUGUGACGCGGGUUAUUAUAAUCUUCUUAAUGUGUCAGCUUUUCCGUGCUACAAAGAAUGUGCUAUUGGAAUGGAUUGUGCGGGCCUUGGAUUUCAAAGCAAAAUCAAUCUCCACCACCAUCUACUGUAUGGCUGA